UGUCGCUUUGCUCAAAAUACAAAGCUUCGAAAACGUGACUAAGUCAAGUCUUGAUUCCGUCUCCGUGUGCAGUGCGUCGAACAGUUUCUAAAAAUGCAAAAUAACAUCAAAAAUGAUUUUGAUCCGUCAGCUAUUCGCAGACCUAAAGCCGGAAUAAACGAGAUCCUGCGGGAUGUGCUGGCACUCUGCCACCGAGAGGGAUUGCUAAGCGUGGAUGGUGUCGUAUCGUCCGAUACGGUAUUCCGCCGCUUUUCUUCGGAGGUGUUCCGGCAGCAUAAGCAGGAUGUACGGUUGCGCGAGUUUCAAAUGCUAAUGAGCAGGUCCAAUGUGGUGUUGGAAGUUAUUAACAACCACAAAGAGUACCGAAUCCAAUUGCAGAAAAUUAUCACCGAACAGGAGCCGUCUAAGGGGAAACAGAAUGUAAAAGCUCCUGAGCAGAAUAUCCGGAACUUCGAUAUGAGCCCCCUGUUAUCGAGUUUACAGGACUAUUCGCUUGUCCGCGACGAACAGUACCCAGAACCGAUCAAAAUCGGCGCUGAUAUAAACUACGUCAUUACUGUUAGUCGACCCAUGAAUCCAGCCUCUCUGGUGCAAGGUUACGGCUGUCUGAUAUGUCGAGAGAAUUUCCGCAGCGCAAUGGCAUAUCUUUAUCACAUCGCAACACACGGAUCAACACUGACCAUUCAGGUGGGAGAAACACUCCGUCGUACUAAAAGUUUCCUUAAAGUGACAUUCUGCUAUAAGGAACACCAAGUGAUGUCCACCCUUGAAAUGCACAACCGAGAGGGUUCUGCACUCAUAAUCAACGGUGUCUACCUCUAUCACAAGAACUUCGAGCUGUUUCCAAUCGUUUUACAAUCAGUCAAGCUGGAACCAGGGAAAAGCCUAGAGUUUUCCAUUCAGAGCCGAAUGUUCGUAAAAUCACGUGACAUGUAUUCACUGCUGAUAAUGUACCGCCGUUCCAGGGAGCAGUGCGAUCUUCUAGAACAGCACUACAUACGGGUUUUUGAGAUCAAAAAGAUCGAUUCUAAACCGAUUAGGCCGGGUUUCCUUGGAGAUUAUCUUCCUUCGAAGAAUAUCUGUACGUUGGUGGCAAACAAUUUCCAAAUCGUUUCAUCCUACACGCCUGAGCAGAAGAAGUUGCAUGAUACCAUUCGAAAUUACUUCCACGCCGAUCCGCGGACCCGCUUGAACGCAUCCAACUAUUGUUCUAUGCUGGAACUGAUGGUCCACAUACAAGACCUCAACAUCCAAUGUGACUUGGCACAGUACCGAGCUGAUGAUGCAAGAAUCGUCCCAACGCAAAUGCCACGAAUGUAUCGUAUCGAUACAGCGCAGUUCAUUUCUCUUCCGCUGAAUCUCGCUGAAGGUGACAUCAUUCAGCUGACCAUGCCUAAUUCAAAUGGCGGUGCUGCAACGACAGUGCAGGGCACCAUAGGCCAGAUCCUGUACGACCAUAUACUCGUUGAAAUGGAAGUCAAGCUUCAGGCAAACUGUCGAUGUCAGGUGAAGCUACAGGCCAAUCGAGUUGUUUGCCGGCUGGAACUGCAGGCUCUCGCCAUUGUACGACAGCAGGAAUUAGCACCCCUGUUCUUCCCUAGUGAAGUACCGAACCUGAUGCAACAGAGUGUUGAAAUGAUCACAUCCUGGAUGAACCCCUGCAUGGACAACACGGAGCAGCAAGCGGCCGUCAAGAGUAUUCUGAACCGGGUAUCGCAGCCCUUACCUUACAUACUGUUUGGGCCACCGGGUACCGGUAAAACGACCACAGUCGUCGAAGCCAUCGUCCAAAUCUGCACUCACCAUCCAAAAACGCACAUUCUGGUGACGGCUCAGUCCAACUCGGCUUGCGAUGAAGUUGCGCUACGCCUGAUGAAGUUCUUGACCCCGAAUGAUCUGUAUCGAUUUUACUCUCGCUCCAGUGAAAAGCGCCUCGACGAAAUCCCGGAAAAGCUGCAGUAUAUUUCGAAUCUUUCCGGUGGUAAACAUAGCUGGCCGACUUGGGAGAAUGUAUACCAAACUAAAGUGUUGAUCUGCAGUUUAUCCAUCUGUGGACGUUUGGUGCAGAGUAAAAUUCGUAACAAUCACUUCAAGUAUGUUUUCAUCGACGAGUGCGGAAGUGCGUCGGAGCCAGCAGCGUUGGUAGCGCUGGCUGGUCUUGUAAGUUCCAAGGGCAAACUUAACGCUAGCGUUGUCCUGGCUGGAGAUCCUUAUCAACUUGGUCCAGUAGUUCGGAGCGAGUUGGCUAUGAAAAUGGGUCUCGGUAUGUCUAUGCUGGAGCGGUUGAUGAAACUACCCGUUUACCAGAAAGAUCCCGAAACGAAGCAGUACAAUCCUCAGUUGAUAACGAAACUGGUGAGGAACUACCGUUCGCAUGAAGCGUUGAUUAAGUUUUCCAACGACCAAUUCUACGAGGGCGAGUUGCGUUGCUUUGCAUCAGAGGAUGUCACCGUGGCGGAAAACUGGAAAUGGUUACCGAAUAAGAACUUCCCCAUCAUUUUGCAUACCGUGUUUGGCUCGAAUGAACGGUCAACGCAAAGCAAAAGCUUGAUGAAUCAAGCGGAAAUUGAUAUGGUCGAGUUCUAUUUAGAUUUCCUGCUGAAAGCUGGCAUCAACGAUAGAACAAUCUACCAGGAGGACAUCGGAAUAAUAUCCCCCUAUCAGCUGCAGGUUCAACGAUUGAGGCAUAUGUGUCUGAAGAAGGAAUGGCCAUCCGUUGAGAUUGGCUCUGUCGAACAGUUUCAAGGACGCGAGAAGCUUGUGAUUAUACUGUCCACGGCUCGCUCCCACACGCCAGACGUGGGCUUCCUGAACAACGUGAAACGACUCAAUGUGGCUCUGACCAGGGCGAAAGCUCUUCUGAUAAUCUUUUUUUUUUUUUUUUUUUUUUAG